UUCAGGACGGAGCUGGAAGCCUCUGUGUACACACUUCAGAUCCGGGAGCUCAGUCACACACAUGCACGCGCACACACAAACACACAAUCACUCUCGCACACCGACAGAGUUUGUUUCAUACGCCUUUCCACGCGAGGAAGUCCCGGUGGCUUUACCGGAGUACGAGAUAAAGCGCUGAAUAUCCGCGUGUGAAGAUGGCAACAGUGACCAACUCGCAUCCGUCACAGAAAGACGCGGCUGACCAAAACUUUGACUACAUGUUCAAACUCCUCAUCAUCGGCAACAGCAGUGUGGGUAAAACCAGCUUCUUGUUUCGCUACGCGGAUGAUUCCUUCACUUCAGCCUUCGUCAGCACGGUGGGGAUCGACUUCAAGGUGAAAACCGUUUUUCGCAACAACAAGAGGAUCAAACUACAAAUCUGGGACACAGCCGGACAGGAGCGCUACAGAACCAUCACUACAGCGUACUACAGAGGAGCCAUGGGCUUCCUGCUAAUGUACGACAUCACAAACCAGGACUCCUUCAGUGCUGUUCAGGAUUGGGCCACACAGAUUAAGACGUACUCGUGGGAUAAUGCACAGGUGAUACUGGUGGGCAACAAGUGUGACCUGGAAGAUGACAGACUCGUUCCAACAGAGGACAGUCAGAGAUUGGCUCACGAACUCGGUUUCCAGUUUUUUGAGGCCAGCGCCAAAGACAACAUCAACGUGAAGCAGGUUUUUGAGUGUCUGGUGGACGUGAUAUGUGACAAGAUGAAUGAAAGUUUGGACGGAGACGGUCCAGUGUCCAACCAUAAAGACUCCGGUCAGCAGGACACGUCCCCUGAGGGACACGGCGGCUGCGCCUGCUAAAACAAACUCUCUCUGUCUUUAUCACGCAGAGAACUUCUCUUCACUAUUCACUACUACCUGGGAUAAUCUUUGCUUUCCUUCUUUUAACCCAAACAGCAUCUGCUAAACACACUCAGUGUUGUUUGUUGACGUGGAUUCAUAAGUGGAAGUCGAGAUAGGAUGGUUGGUUUAGACUGCACCAGUGAUCUACGUGACGCCCAUUACGUAUUCACGCAUGCACAUGCAGAGACGUAAACAACUGGAGAUAUUGCAAGCCUUCAGAGGUUCAUCCACACCCAUUUUUCACGCUCUUCACCCCUGUUCGGCAUCUUUUCUCUGUCUUUCCCUCAAAAAGGCCACGUUUCGAUGGUUCUUUGUGGUUUUAGCACAUGUUGGCUAUCUCAUCAGAUACCUGGCCCGUAACGUCCACAGCCCUGAGCGCUCGGCUCUUGUAUUGUUUAUCUGGGUGUCCAUCUGCUUUAAACAGCUCAUUCGCCACCAUUAUUGAGUUAAAUGCACUGUGUUAUUCUGAUAUGUGCAAUCAUGAGCUGAUGUUUGAAACCUAUGGAAGCUUGUUUCUGCCUCGGAUUAAAAAAAAACAAAAAUUUCAUGCAGUUGUGAGAUUUAAACUUGGAAAUGCAAGGGGAAAAAGUCAGAAUUGUGAGAUAUAAACUUGCAAAAACUUUUAAUUGUAAGUUUAUAUGUCGCAUUAUUUCUCACAAUUGCAUGAUAUAAACUUGAAAUUGCUAGAAAUAAAGUCAGAAUGAGAUUUAGAGAAGUCUGAAAUGCAAAUUUAUAUCUGGCAAAUCUGUCUUUCUAUAACUUAUAAGUCUUAUAAAUCUUGUCUAACAAUUUUUCUACCAUCUUUUCUAACAUUUCUGAGAAAUAAAGUCAGAAUUACGAAAUAUAAACUAGCAAUUACGAGAAAUAAAGUUAAAAUUACAGAUAUAAACUUGUAGUUCAGACUUUAUUCUCACAAUUGCGAGUUUAUAUAAACUGACUUUAUAUAAUUUUCUAUACCUCCGUCUUUUCUAAAAAAUGUUCUUAAAUUUUUCUAACAUAUUUUCUAACAGUUCAAAGAAAUAGUCAGAAUUACAAAAUAUAAACUAGCAAUUGCGAAAAAUAAAGUCAGAAUUAAAAAGUAAAAAGUUUUAUUUCACGGCAGAAACGAGCUUUCAUAGAAACCUGCGCAUUCACACUCAGAAAUAUUAAUGUUUUACUGUUUUACAAGUUAUUUUUUGUAAUGAGCAUUUUCUUAAAUUAUAAGAUAGCAAAUAAACUCUAUCACCCAAAAUGA